GUGAUGUGUUCCUAACCUCUUAAAUAUCAUGUGUUUUGGAUGCAAUACAUGCUAGCAUUAGUUGCAUUUGUUUUUUGGUUGUUUUGUAAGAUAUAAUUAAUGAAUUGAUAAGCAAGAUGCAAAAUAUUAAAAGAAAUAAACCGAAUAUCUUGGUAACAGGCACGCCUGGUGUUGGCAAGUCGUUGUUAUGUGUUAAAUUAGCUGAAAUCACUGGCAUGAGAUGGAUUGAUGUCUCGAAAGUUGCUGUGGAGAAUAAUUGUCUUGAAGAAUUUGACCAGGAGUAUAAUUGUCCUGUUUUGGAUGAAGAUAAAUUAAUGGAUGGUUUAGAAGAAUCUAUGAGUCUUGGAGGCAAUAUAGUUGACUAUCAUUCAUGUGAAUUCUUCCCUGAAAGGUGGUUUGACAUUGUUUUUGUCUUAAGAGUUGAUAACACCACAUUAUUUGACAGAUUAACGGCAAGAGGAUAUUCUGGUAAAAAAUUAGAAGAUAAUAUUCAAUGUGAGAUAUUUCAGACAAUUCUAGAGGAAGCUAGAAAUUCUUAUGCUGAAGAAAUUGUGCAUGAGCUGCAAAGCACAAAUGCUGCUGAGUUAGAGUCAAAUGUGCAAAGGAUUUAUAUGUGGGUGCAAAGUUGGUUGCAAACAAAUACAGAUACAUAAU